GCACAACACAAAAGUCGGAACUCAAUUAAAAUCGAAUACCCUGUUUGAGAUGGCGUUUCUGGCUCGUAAAACGUCUUCUCUCCUACCAGCCACCACAUCCUCUACAGUCAAGCAUAUGAUCUACGAUGAACCACAUUUUGCAAUGCAGAACAGUUUGGCAAAACUUAUCAAAGAGAAAAUAAACCCAAAUGUUGCACAAUGGGAAAAGAGUGGAAGAUAUCCAGCACAUUUUGUGUUCAAAAUGCUUGGACAACUUGGAGUAUUUGCGGUGAAUAAGCCUGUAGACUAUGGUGGGACUGGUCGAGAUUUUGCAAUGUCAAUAGCAAUAGCUGAACAAAUUGGAGCAGUUGAUUGUGGAUCGAUUCCAAUGUCAGUCAUGGUUCAAAGUGACAUGAGUACUCCUGCUCUUGCACAAUUUGGCUCCGAUUCACUCCGCAAUCGCUUUCUUCGUCCUUCAAUCAAUGGUGAUCUAGUUAGUUCAAUUGCAGUCUCCGAACCACAUGCAGGAUCAGAUGUAUCCGCAAUUCGCACACAUGCCCGUCGGUACGGCAGCGACUUGAUAAUAAAUGGCUCAAAAAUGUGGAUAACAAAUGGAGAUCAGGCAGAUUGGGCAUGUGUUCUAGUAAAUACUUCAAAUGCGAAAAAUUUGCACAAAAAUAAGUCGCUGGUGUGUAUUCCACUGGACUCAAUUGGUGUACAUCGAUCAACUCCGUUGGAUAAAUUAGGAAUGAGAAGCUCCGAUACAGUUCAACUAUUUUUUGAAGAUGUUAGGGUUCCCUCGUCAUACAUAAUAGGCGAAGAAGGACGUGGAUUUGCAUAUCAAAUGAAUCAAUUCAAUGAUGAGCGCCUUGUAACAGUUGCUGUUGGGCUUCUCCCACUUCAAAAAUGUAUAAAUGAGACGAUUGAGUAUGCAAGAGAACGAUUAAUAUUUGGAAAGACACUUCUCGAUCAGCAAUAUGUUCAAUUUCGGUUAGCCGAGUUGGAGGCUGAACUGGAGGCAACCCGUUCUUUGCUCUAUCGAACAGUGCUGGCACGUUGCCAAGGCGAGGAUGUGAGCAUGUUGACUGCGAUGGCGAAAUUGAAAAUUGGAAGACUGGCAAGAAAAGUUACUGAUCAGUGUCUACAGAUCUGGGGAGGUGCUGGAUAUCUGAAUGACAAUGGAAUAUCGAGAGCCUUCAGAGAUUUCCGUAUAUUUUCGAUUGGCGCUGGUUGCGAUGAAGUUAUGAUGCAGAUUAUUCAUAAAACACAGUCCAAAAGGCAACAGAAAAGAAUUUGAGAACAUUUUUAAAUGUUAUAUUUGUAAAUACGAAAAUAAAAUGCAAUUGUACUG